AUGUCGCACGGCGCUGAACCACUGCGAGGCCGGACGACAGAAUUGACUGGACAGUCCGGGUCUGAAAAGGCGCGGAAGCACUUACCUGCAGCGGACCUUCCUGGCACCUGGACGUACUCCACCAGGAGCGCUUCGUCGCAUCCUUCGCCUGGCAGCCAAUUUUCCGAAUCCAAAUCCAGCCCAACUCUUCUGCAUCAACAGCAGCAGCCGUCCUCAAUGAGUGGGGCACCUCCGAUGUGGUAUGAUCCCGACCAGGCAGUCGUCCCAUACGAGUCAAAUUAUGAACAAUGGGUGGAGAAUUACGAGCUGUCGCAACAGUCGCAGCAGCAUACUUUUAGUCAAGGCGUAGCCCAGGGUGUCAGUGCUGGCCAGGCUUCCUUUCAACCGCAGCAGCAGCAGCCGCACAUUCAGCCACACCCGCUGUUACAGCAUGCGCCCACGCACCCACUCAGUAUUCCAGCGGAGCGCGUUCAGCCGCCUCCACGAAACCAGUACAAUUUCGUACCGGACCCAUACGUGCCGCAGCCAAGCGGCCAGGACAAUUACACCGGCCACUACCCACAGACCUCAGCGGGCAACCGUCCACAGCGAAGUCGUCUCCCCAGAACGCGACAAGGGCAAACGUCUGCGGUACCUUUUACUUUUACAGCCCCAUUACACGCUGGAGAGUUGGCCGACAGUUUCAGCGUUUCGGGCUCUGACUACCGACACCAGCACCAGUCCUUCCCUCUCCCACUGUCGGCCCCCACGAGCGAUACUCUCUACUAUCAUGAUGCUAUGCAGUCCGAUCUUAUCUCUGGUACUGAUCCCCCGCCGCAGCAAAACUUCAUUUUCACGGAGCAUCAGCAUCCAGGUUCAUCCUCUGCCCCCAGGCCAUCUGUAACGCCUUCAUCUGACGCGACGAAUGUAUCCUCUCUUUCUCCGAGGUCGUGGGUCGGACCCGAUGACCUUUCGUACCAAGGCGAUACGUCCAGCCAGCAAGGAGGAAGUGUCACCGCUUCUAGCUCCCAAACCCGUAUGGGUACUUCCGCUUCGCCGUCUGCUCCGACACAGACCUUUGGUGGGGCACAACCUCACAACUCUACGAAAGGCAAGGAUAAGUCGCAUCGUCCGAAGAGACCUCGCGUUGACAGCGACAACCUCUCCGAUGACGACGAGCCACACACUUUGACGAUGAAUGUAAUCAUGCCACCCCAAACUGGCGCCGAAGGUUAUCCGAUCACAACGAGACUUCCUGGUGCUUGCAAACACUGUAAGAAACUCAAGAUGAAGUGCACCUUCCCUCCCGGGGAGAACACGUGCAACCGCUGCAGGGGGACGGGACAUGUGUGUGUUGUCGAAGGAAGAAAGCCUAGGAAUGCCCCAAAUAAGCGAGAGUAUCUACUCGCACAGAUUCGCCAGAAAGAUGCGAUGAUUGAAAAACUGCUUCGAGAGCUCCAUAAUCCGUACACGGCAACUCCUUUCUCCAUCGCGUCAUACCGGUUGGCGACAAACCCUUCAGAUCGCAACAAGGAGAGCGUCAUCGACUGGCUGGAUCGCCUUGAAUCUAGCGUACAGCACAGCGGCAAGUCGAAGGGUCUAGAGGCGUUCACGGAAUCGCGUGCCGGCAAUGACACGGGCGAUGAUUCCGAAGACGAAGCGGAGGAUGGGGGCGGCCGCCCAACCGUCCGGGGCAGCGUUCUCGGGUAUGGUACCAUAGAUGAUUCGACCAAAGAAGCGCAUGAUCAGAUGCAAGCCCUUCCGGAUGUUGCCGUACCCAUCGGUCUCCUCGCAAACUUGGCCAUCAGCAACAGCCCGAAGGACAAGAAACAGAAGAAUUCGAACCAGGCCACAGAGGCGGAGGACCCCGAAGAUGACGAUGUCGGCUUUGCGAACAGACGGUAUUUCAUGCCAGGUCCUGCGUAUGAUCUCGGUAUUCGGGCGUCGUUGAUCCAGAGCCACUCGCCUCCUGAAAUCUUGGUUCACGGACUCGUCACGCCAAGUGAUGUCGAGGAGCUCUUCAAGAUCUUCUAUGAACGCUUGAAUGUCCACGUUACCUUACUUGACCAGGAUAUCCAUACUCCUGCGAUGACAUUCGCCAGAUGCCCAUUUCUGUUCACUGUUGUCUGCGCGAUCGCUUCUCGAUACUACGAGCCGAAAUCUGAGAUUUACCCCAUUGCCAUGCACUUCGCGAAGCGGGCAGCCGCGGAUGGUCUGCUCAAUGGAUGGAAAUCAGUCGAGCUCUCUCAAGCGUAUAUCUUGUUGAGUACCUACGGUGUUCCAGCGCGCCGAUGGGAAGAGGACCGCAGUUGGUUGUACAUUGGACUGGCUAUUCGCAUCGCCACGGAUCUGAAUUUGCAACAAGUGUCUACCGUCCAACCGAAGAGCGAUUCGCAUGAACGUGAGAUUAUAAACCAGACCCGACUCUGGAUGAUUUGCUUCAACCUGGAUCGUUCGAUGGCUACUCAAUUCGGGAAGCCCGCCACGAUCAAAGAGAACUACACUAUACGGACAUCGGAGAAUUGGUACAGACGGUCGCGAUUCAAUCAUCCUUAUGACGUCGGCCUCUGCGCUUACACUCAGAUGUUACGGAUAAUGGCCCGCUUCCAUGAGGAAAUCUUCUCUGACCCUACAGCACCAUCGGGUCUCAAUCAGGCUAUCGACUUCCACGAGGUUACGUUGCGUCAUGACGAAGACAUGACAAGGUACUUUGAGGAUUGGACGCGAAGAUUUGAGGAAGAUUCCGAUUUACAAGAGCCGGCUUACGCUUUCCGCGCAUCGCUGUUGCCGUUCCUGACCAACUACUCAAGACUUGUCAUGUAUUCGUUUGGAUUCCAGCAGGCCUUUAAACGUGGGAUGCAGCCAGGCGAUCAGAUUUUCCUAGACAAGUGCUUUCAAUCUGCGAAGUCCGUUAUCUUGUGCAUGAUCGAGUCACUGUCCCCGGAAUAUAUGCGAUACUCCCCUGAUGGGCAUUUUAUCUUCGCAUCAUUCGCGUCCGCGUUUCUGCUCAAGCUGAUGCGUCCAGAGUUCGCGAACCUUAUUACGAAUGAACAGGUGGCGGAGAUUUUCGACUUAAUCGAAAAGUUGAUCCGAAAGCUCAGUUCACGCGAGAUUGCUAUCGACAUGCGCCACACGCCCAACCUACACGCUCGAUUCCUUGCAGGACUGUUGAAGAAGUAUCGUCGUGAUGUUGCCGCAAGUGGCCGUCUCCAUCCACAAUCUCCUUCCCAAGGCCCAGUAGCGCACGGAUCCCAUGGCGUACAUACGACGUAUGCGUCACAGUCGCCUUCCGCUUCAUCGUCUACCUCGUCACAGCCUACCUACCAAACUGGCCCUGCUCCGGGGGCGUUCCAUGCUACUCAGGAUAUCGUCGCUAAUCACAUAGAUCCUACGGCGAUGAUGCAGUCAGAAGCAAUGUACGAGGACGCAGCCUAUCCAGCUGGAACGGGUCCUAUGGACUACAGCUCCGCUGACCUGGUAGAAAAUUUGGGUGCCCUGCUCGCGCUCCAGAGUCCAUCUUAUUGGAAUCACAUGAUGAUGCCCGGGUACUCGUGGCCGGAAAGCCCGCCGAACAUGGCGCACGAAGAAUUCUUCAAUGCAGCAGAAGGCCUCAACGGCUUCAGCAAUUUCCAGACGGCACCGGUUCUGCAUGGCUAA